GGACACGAGGGGAGACCUUCAUUCACAAGGAGUAGUGCCACUGAAGCGGAACAAUCUUGGUACUGGAGGUUGUGUUCCAGUGUUCCACAUGAGUAGAACUUUAGCAAUUGAGGGUGAUUGCGAAUACUUUUUACUUUCAUUCUAACAGCUAUAGUGAUUAAAGUGAGGGACUCAUCGAGUGAAAGUGAGCAAUCGUGUGCAAUUUUUAUUCCCACAAUGAGGUCACUUUGCACAAUAUGAUGAUGCCAGAAUGUUGAUCAAGCCCAGAUAAAAGGCCAUCAUCAUCUUCAUCUUGCCAUUUUGAGACUCGAGAAGAUUUUCGCCUAGACCAUCAUGAUUCUUGAGUGACAAGUGGAAGUCAAGUUCAUCGCUUGAUCCAUCCAUAAUUCAUGCUCAAGGUGGAAAUGUGAUGUGACAAGAGAAGGAGUGAUCCAAGUGAAACAUGGGAGGACAACAAUUGAUUCCCGGGAACCGUGGUUUCCUUUGUCUGGGCAUCUUCACCAUUCUGAACGUAUAUUCCAGCCAAAGCCAAAGCAACCCGGAUGACGGCCAAAUUGAAGAGCAAGUGACAAAUUCUUCUGGACUUUUGGGACGCAAUGCUCGUCUUCCCUGUGAUAUCCGUCCCCCUUCACCCGACCAUCCACUUCUCCUUGUGAUAUGGUUCAAUGAACCAUCCCCAGAUCCAAUAUACAGUUACGAUGUGCGUGGAAACGGCGUGGAGAUUGGUCGCCAUUGGAACGAUGGGAUCAAUUUGGGUGCCAGAGCGAGGUUUGACGAGAGGGCCAGACCUUUUCCACUUCUUUGGAUUGAAGACCUUCGUGAGGACGAUGAAGGGGUUUACCGAUGUCGGGUGGACUUCAAGCAAGCCCCCACCAAGAACUUCCAGAUUAAUCUCAGUGUCAUAGUUCCACCUGGUCGCCCAUUGAUCCAUAAUGAGAGAGGCAUUCUGGUGGAAAAAGUAUUGGGACCCUACAGUGAAGGUGUCGAGCUCAUGCUAACCUGCAGCGUUGGUGGAGGCAAGCCUCCGCCCAAUCUGUUUUGGCUCAUCAACGGGAGAACCGUGGCCGAGUCCAAGAGCAUCCAAAUCCAACAGAAGACCCUCCCGGAUCCAACGAGUCGCACGAACUCGGUAGUGUCCUCGUCGCUUUUGGUGGGCGUGGUUCAGCGUGAUGACGUGGACACCACUUACACGUGUCUGGCCUCUAAUUCCAACAUGACUCAAGCAUCCCGCGAAGAGGUCAAACUGGAAAUGAACCUGUUGCCAAUCCACGUCCGAAUCACUUCGCCUCAAACGCAAUUGUCAGCCGACCGUGUCUACGACAUUCACUGUAUCACUUUCGGGUCUCGACCAUCGGCACUAGUCACGUGGUGGCUGGGAAACACUCAAUUACUCGACCACAGCACCAAGCCUCAAAAUGCCGGAAAUGUGACCGAAAGCACUUUGCGGUUCCAACCCAAGGUCAUCGACAUCGGGAAGCUUUUGCGGUGCCGUGCCGAGAAUCCGGUGAUGCCCGAGAGUCAAAUGGAGGAUAUCUGGCGAUUGGACAUCAAUUAUUUGCCGCGAGUUUCUCUCCGAUUUGGAUCCACUCUGAAGCCUCAAAACAUCAAGGAGGGCGAUGAUGUCUACUUCGAAUGCCUCGUCCAGGCUAAACCCAACGUGUACAAGAUCGAGUGGAAAUUCAACGGCCGUGACCUUCGUCAAGAUGUUCGGAACGGUGUUAUUAUGGGCAACCAGAGUCUGGUCUUACAGAGUCUAAAUCGAAAUGCCACUGGCCAUUAUCAGUGCCUGGCUACCAAUGAAGAGGGCACAGCCACCUCCAACCAGCUGCGAUUGGACAUCAAAUAUAAACCAGUAUGUGCGGAUCAUCAGAAGCUAGUCUACGGUGUGGCCCAUGGGGAAAUUGCCUCGAUCAAUUGUACAGUUCGUUCCAAUCCUGAGGAUCAACUCCAAUUUCAUUGGACCUUCAACUCGAGUUCCGAGCUGAACACGCUGCCCGAAUCCAGAUUUCGGACCACGGGGGCCACUUCGCAGUUGGUAUACAGCUUGAAUACGGGCAGGGACUAUGGGACCAUCUUGUGUUGGGCGGAGAAUCAGUUGGGACGUCAAAGCGUCCCUUGUGUGUUCCAUCUUAUUCCAGCAGUUCCCCCGGCAGCUCCCUUGGAUUGCCAUCUCAUCAAUCUGACCUCGCACAGUCUUGUUGCCAAAUGUCGACCUGGUUUCGACGGAGGCCUCCCUCAGCAUUUCCAAUACGAGAUCUAUGACCUUCAAGGCCAGAGCUUGGCCACCUCAAUCUCGCCUGUCUCCACCAUAUCCACCACCAUUGGCAACACUGAAGCCAAUCAAGUUGGACCAAAGGGCGGCAGCCGAGUGGCCCACGAGAAUCUCAAAUUUCGACCUGAAUUCCAAAUUGAUCGCAUCCCUCCAGAUACGGACUUCCAAUUACUGAUCUUUGCUGCCAAUGCCAAGGGAAGAUCCGAACCAUUCCCACUUCGAGGAAGGACACGCCAAGCGAGUUUGUUGGAACAACAACAACAACAACAACAACGUGGUCCACAGCGGGGAUCUUUGCCGCCGAGUUCCAGUUCCAAUGCUCGGGAUCAGAGCGACAACGCAAUCAAGUUCUCAUUUAGUGCAGAGUCCACCCUCACCGAGCAAGGCGAGCUCAAACCCAGGGCCACUUUGCCCGAGAAACAAGGCGCCGAAGGGAUCGAGCAGCGCUUCCAGCCCUAUCUGAGCAUCAUGGGAGGCAUCGGAUGUGGGUUGGUACUUAUGACCUUGCUGAUCCUGAUCACGAUGCGAUUGCGGUUCCGUCCGGGAGGAGCGGGCGGAGGAGGAUCCUCCCCGUCGUCGUUCCAAGCAAGUCAAGGUCGAACUUGGCGCACAGAUUCGGGCGAGAUUGUCAAACUCGAAGAUAAGGACAUGGACCCCUUGGCCCCGAGUCCGGGUCCAUUGAGUAUUGCCACAACAGUGUCCCAAGACCACCGGACCGGAAGUCAGGCCUCCUUAUUGCAACGUCAGCCAUUACAAGUUAGACAUCAUUAUGCCACUCUUCCACACAAUGUGCCUCCAGCCCCGCCCCCCAGGAAGCCGUCCACCACACUGACCUCGUUAUCAUUGCGAGGUAUGGGACGAAUGGCAUCAAACCGAAGGAGUUUGGGUGGAGACCCCCGACCGGAUCUCGUGGCCUCCACGCUACCUCGAAACUUUCAUACCAAGCAUCCCACAUCGACGAGCUACGAUGCGUUGCAAUUACUGCAGAACGGCCUCCCGUCUCCACCGGAACCUCCGUCAUUCCAAAUAUCAGCCCUGGCUCUCGAUCUUCCGAUGUCAGAAAUUCCUCCAUCACUCAUCGAUUGUGACAUUGUACUCCCUCCUCCAGCCCUCUAUACUCUCCCAAGAAGAACCACACCCAAUUCGGGGAUCGGCGGCAAAAUGGACAACCGGACAGUUCGCUUCAUGGACGGAAAGUCAGCCAAGGGCAAACCCGCUCCCUUGAAGCGAAGGAAAUCGAAAUCUCACACUGAGAGCGUGGUUUGAGCCACGUGGGGAAUCAUCUGUCAGACACAUGCCCCCUUUUUAAAUUCGUCGAAAUACAAAAAACCCUC